AUGCCUAUAGUAUUGAGCAAAAUGUGUUGUCAACUGUGGGAAAGCGCUGUUGUGCUGCAGCGCACUCCUGCCCUCUAUUUGAUAAUACCUCUAAUUUCUCAAUUGGUAGAGCAGCUGGCAUGUAUCCAGAAGGUUCCAGGUUCAAUCCCUGGUCUGGUCAUUAUCCAAUUUUAUCACUGUUGUGGCACACAAAAGGCUACUUCUGAAAGGCCUUUGGCUCUAGUAGCAUGCUCUAUUGAAUGUGCUUUGCUAGGUGCUAUCAACAAUGCCACAAUAGAAUUCUUAGAGACAGCAUUUUCUGCCAGGUGGGAUCAUCAUAUGAGGUUGCUGGAAAUUUUUCAGAAAUAUUCUCCUACAUACCUGGUGGCUGUAGUUGAUGAGAUUGAUAAAUAUAUUUGGUAA